AUGGACCCUCAGUCUCAUAAUACCGCCGGUUCAUUCACCGGAUGGAGCACAUCCAAAGUCGCCGCAAAUAACACAACGAGACAAUACUUUGAGCACUUCUCCGGCCAGGCCUCCAGCACCAACACCAUCCUCGCUGCCUCUCUCAAGGAACAGUACCCCAAUCUCAAACUCUCCAUCCUCAGCCAGGUCGACCUCUUGGGCUUCGCGGCAAACGGCUUCGCCAAAUGCACCCCGCUCGCCGAUGAUGCGAACUCGGGCCUCCCAUCAUCCGUCACCGUCAACGCCUACCAACCGGCCCAGCGAAGGGUCCGAGGCAGCAAUGGCCUUAUUGCCCAGGACAUUCGAUUCGGCAAGUUCCACUACCAAUGGCAAGCUCGCGACUUUAUCCUGUACAUCGCCCAUGGGCUAGAUGGCUCCUCGGGACUCAGCAGCUACACAUAUACCUAUCUCCUGUCCAGCGACGAGUAUCAUUCCGAGGCCCUUGUCCUUGCCGCCGGGAAAUGGACCAGCUCGCUCCAUGAGGAGAUUUGGGUCUAUGACGGCGGCUACUGGUCCAAGAGUGCCGAACUGUACCAGAGCGUCAUGAAGGCCUCGUGGGAUGCCGUCAUUUUGGACGCCCAGAUGAAGAGGGACCUGAUCAACGACCAUUUGUCCUUUUUCCAGUCCGAGGGCACCUAUCGCCGGCUCAAGGUGCCCUGGAAGAGAGGCAUCAUCUACUACGGGCCCCCGGGCAACGGCAAGACGAUUUCCAUCAAGGCAAUGAUGCACACUCUAUAUGACAUGAAGCCUGAAGUCCCGACCUUGUAUUUCAUGGGCCCAGAGUACGCCAUCAAGACCAUCUUCUCAAAGGCACGACAAUUCGCGCCCUGCUACCUCGUCUUCGAAGACCUCGACUCGCUGGUCUCUGACUCGGUAAGGAGCUACUUUCUCAACGAAGUGGACGGGCUCAAGGAAAACGAUGGCAUUUUCAUGAUUGGCAGCACCAACCAUCUCGAACGUCUGGACCCAGGCAUCUCGGCCAAGCUCAAGGACAACAAGGAAAUCAACUUCCCCGACAAGUUGUGCGACGCCAUUGCCGGGAUCACGAGCAGGUUCAGCUUUGCCUACAUGCAGGAGGCGUUUGUGGCCGCCUUGCUGGCGAUUGCGCGGGACGAGAAGCCGGAUGGCAUCAUCACGGCAAUGGACGUGUUGACGGUUGAUGUGGCGCAUGACUGGGUGGAAGUCCUGGGUUGUGCAGAGGAUGACGAGGACCCCGAGCUGGAGAAGCUGGUGCUGUGGCGGGAGAUGAAGAAGCAGGUCAAGAUUCUGAGGGAGGGUCUGAGAGGCGGCGACGGAGAGCUUGAUGCCAACUUGGCGUCUGUGUAG